GCCCAAGAAGUUCAGGUGAACAGCUUAUCAGGAAGGAGUGGGAGCGGAGUUACGGGGAGCUCAGGCCAAGCCUACAGAGCGGCAGAGGCACAUUAUGCGCGCAGGGCCAUCCGGGGAUGAUGUAUGUGGGCUAUCUUUUGGAUAAGGACACUAACAUGUACCCUAACCCGGUCAGGCACCCCAGCCUGAACCUCAAUCCCCAGAACUACGUGCCUGCGCCCCCUCAAUAUUCGGAUUUUGCCAGCUACCACCACGUGCCAGGGAUUAACAGUGACCCACACCAUGGGCAACCUGCGGGCGCCUGGGGCUCGCCAUACACACCCACCAAGGAGGACUGGCAUUCGUACGGGCCUGGAGCCGCUUCUUCCGUCGCUAACCCGGGGCAGCUUGGAUUCAGCCCCACCGAUUUUAAUCCAAUUCAGCCUCCAGGCUCUGGACUCCUACCUCCACCCAUCAACAGCUCAGUGGCCCAGCUCUCCCCCAAUGCGCAAAGGCGCACCCCCUAUGAGUGGAUGAGGCGCAGCGUUCCAACCAGCAGCAGCAGUGGCAAGACCAGAACAAAAGACAAGUACCGGGUGGUGUAUACGGACCACCAGCGCCUGGAGCUGGAGAAGGAGUUCCACUACAGCCGCUACAUCACCAUCCGGCGGAAAGCGGAGCUGGCGGCAACGCUCGGGCUCACCGAACGGCAGGUGAAAAUCUGGUUCCAGAACCGGAGAGCCAAGGAGAGGAAGGUGAACAAGAAGAAGAUGCAGCAGCAGACGCAACCCACAAGCACCACCACUCCCACCCCGCCGGCCGUUGGCACCCCGGGUCCCAUCGGCGGCAUCUGCAGCAGCACCACCAACCUGGUCUCCUCUUCCCCAAUGACUAUCAAAGAAGAAUUCAUGCCUUAAGACCAGCAGAUAGCAAGACACAGCUAGAUGUGCCGUGCAGCGGAGUGGAAGCAGGUGGGGAGCUCUGGAGGCUUCACAAAGACAUGAUGCUGUAAGGGCUGAGCCUACGAAGCCACUUCCUCUCUAUCUGGAGGAUAUUUUUGAUGGCAGAUGACCCCUCUGUGGCGGUGUCAUGGACUCAGUUCUAUGUAUAAAAACAAUAGGUUAGUUACUGUUACUCUGUGGUAGGAAAGAAACACUGAUCGGGCCUCAAAUAUUUAUAAUCAAAUGCAAGAGGGGGCAUUUGGGGGAUGGGAGGAGACAAUGGGGCCUAGGAAAUGUCAGUGGCAGGAGGGGAAUAGGUUGGGCUCCUGGCUGCAGGUUCAGGAGACUGGUCAGGAAUGACUUCCCCUCGGCACAUCAGGCGGAAUGGGGCUAUUCAAACAAGACUGGACUAAACACUAGAUCAAUGAACUGCCUGAAACAAGCUUCUGAAUCAGUCUCCGGCAUCCCCCACAUCCAUCCAGGGGCAGAAGGGAGAGAAGCAGUUGAAGCCGUUCUGUAGGGGUGAGGAGCACACAGGAGACAGGACUGAAGAGAUUAACCAGGAGAAGACACUCAGCUGGUGCCUGGUGGGGGAACAGAAGUGGGGAGGCAACAUGGGGACAAGCUAGGAAGUUUCUCUGGAGCAAGUGCGUUUUUGUAAGCCUGAGGCAUCAAAGUGGGAGGUGGAGUAAGCACCGUUCCAGGAAAGGUGGUUGUUUUAAACUGGGUGAAUUUGGUCCUCCUUUAAACAACAGGCUCUUAGUACUGGGCUAGGAGCGGGAACUCCACUAACAUACCUUUGUCCUCAUCUGUAGCACCCACUGUUGUAGUCCCAGGCUCCCUACACACAGCUCUGCCAAUGCUAUUCCAGUCCUGCAUGUCUUCUGAACAGCUGACAACUGGGUUCAGGUGCAUAGGGAUUGAUUGGUAAAGUGGCCAAACGUCCAGCAGGAGCUAGGCCGAGACCACCCGCCCACCUUCGGCCACAUUUAUUUUAUUGGGCUCCAAGCCAAAGGCUGAAGCGGGUUCCAGAGAUGACAGUUCAGCUCCUAAACCCACUAGGCAACAGAGUCAUCCCGCCCUUCCACGGCGCCUCAAGAAUAAUUCUCCAUAUGGAAUGCGAAUGGCAAGAAAUAACCUGGGUUUGGGGUAAGCCAGAGAGGAAGGGUGACUGCAGGUACUGCCAGAGCUAGCUCAUUCUUGACUUAAGAGGUCUUUAAAUGCUGAGAGAUUUCCGCAUCUGGUCUGCAGAUGUGUCCUUCCGUAGGAGCAGUCUGAACGGUAAGGAGAACAAGCUGCGCAUAAGAGUAUUUGUAGCGGUGUUGGGGUUUAAUAUCUGCAUAACCUAUUGAGGCUGGCGGGGAGGAGGGGAUCUGAGAUUCGUGUGACCAAGCAAAUUCAGAAUGGGGUUAUUACAAAGGUGGUGCAAGGCUGGGAUUGACCAUCCUGGCCAGGUGUGGUGCAAUGACACUCUCCACAAUACUCUGUGAGUUUCCUGCUGGUCAUGCUGGUUCCAUUGGGCUCCUCUUAUUGCCCAUAUUGGUCCUAGUCGCAGAGCAUGUCCUACUGGAGGCUUCAGGAGCUACCGGUAGUUCUUCUACUGCAGCGUGUGACACGAGCCAAUAAGUGGAGGAGGAUAAAAGUGCAAGGGAAGGAGUGUUUGAAGUUAGAGCAUCUCCCUUGGUACAGCGCGCAGAACUGAGAAUUGAACUGGUCAGUGACAAUGAAAUCAGCUAUUGCAGCAUCGAGUUUGUACGUGACCAGCCUGGUGACCAAGGUGGGAUUUCACCCCAUGGAUGUGCGGGGAGAGCACACACAGUGGCAUCUGCAGGUGUGGAGAAAUGCAGGCUCCAUGAAGAUGCUGUAAAGGUUGUGGUUUUCCAAAGAGAGUGAGCAUGGUUGUUUCCCAUUUCUCCGCCUCAGGGGAGUCCUGCACACCUCAGAGCCCUCUGGGUUUUCCUCCAUUGUUCUCCUCACCACCACCACCCUCGUCCUCUUCUUGCUACAAAGCCCCUUGCACCUGUCACUCAUCUACACUGUGUUCCAGAUGCCUGGGAGCCUGUGGUUAAUAAACAUGGCAAAGGUCCAGACCCCAGUGCCCUGGCAGAGCAAUCUGGGCGUACAGCUGGCAUAACCAGCCUCAGGAAGCUCACCCAGCGCAGGGAGAAUUCUCAGGUGUGUACAGCUGGCAUCGUGAGUUCUACACCACCUCCGCGCCCAGGUGCCCUCAUAGGUGCAUGGCUAGGAUGGCCCUUCUUUCCCCUGAGCCACUAUUGUCACGCUGGCCCCUGGAGGCCAUUGGCAGUCACCGUAACUUACAUUAGCCCUUAGGACGCGCGAAGGGCUUAUCUACAUGAUGCCAGAGUCCGCACACGGGGGUGGGUGGGUGUGAAUUGUAGAGCGCUCUUAACGCGCUGAGCUCUAACUGCUCCAUGGAGACCCCGCUGGCGUGAACGCAAAGGUCCCUUGGUCACAUGAACGUAGUCCUGUUUGAAACGGGACUACAUCAGUGUGAACUAGGUCCCAUUUUCAUGCCACAGGGUCUGCGUGGGACAGCUGGAGGGCAACACGUUUGAGCGCUCUACGGUUCACGCCCCUGUAGUCUGGACUGUGGCACCGUGUAGAGAAACCCUGCUACGUCAGGGGACAGUUACUGCACCCAGCUGCCAUAUGUAGGGGAGCACUGUGUCCCCCACCCUGAGCUUUGCUGGGCACUCCUUAAUUAUAGCCCGGGCUCUGGCCUCAGUACCAAGAUAAGAACUAGCAGCUUGCUUGAGCAUCUCCAGCUCUGCCGCCACAGCAGUGAAUAGGAACCCUCUGCAGAUGUCCUGUCCUGCCACACAUCGGGCCUUGUAUAAAACCUGGGAUGGCCUUUUCUGGGUCUGUCUCUUGGGUUGGUGCAGAGUUCCGGCCUGGAGUUCAGUGGGGAUCAUAACAAGCCGUUGCAAUCUCUGUCUGAGGACUGGAUGAGGUCCACUUUGUAUCUCCCCCAGCAUCACUCAGCCCAUCGGUUGCUGGGGAUUGCAGGUGAAUACCCCAAUGGUACUGCCAGAACCUUCCAGCCCAGAGAGCAAGAGAUCCAAUGGGGGAAGGAAACUGAGGUCUCAGUGAUGACACAGAGGGUCGUGGAUUGUUCUCUGGGCCAGCCCUGCUCCUGCGGCCAACCUCUGGUGCAGUUUUAGCUCCCUCCCAUCCCACGCCACGUGAGCACUGCCCCCUGGAUACCCCUGCCUGCUGCUGUCAGGGGUCAAGAUGUUGAUGUUAAUAUUGGUUCAGGGCUUCGGCUCAGGUUUUUGUAUAUAAGGUGGAAUCCUUUUUUAAAAAACAGCUUUAAAAAUAAAAAUGCGCAAGAACCCGGCCCACCGUGAAUUUGUUGCUAGCCAGUUCCCGCCCCUAUGGUCUCAGUUAGUAUCCAGCACAGGCUUGGAGGAAGCUCCGUACCAGAUUCAUGUGACGUGAGCUAAACUAAUGACAGUUUUCCAGGUAGCAAAGCAAGAUGCUGCCAUCCCCGCUUUCCUCCCGGCUGCCGGCAGGAAGCAGACCAUCUCAGCACAGCUCCUGGCCAGCCGGCUGUCAGAUUUGGGCAGGCACCUCAUCACGCUGGGUUUGGUGGAGGCUGGGAAAAAGGCAACGCUCCCAGCCAAGUUAAUCCCCCCAAUCACCUGGCUGCCGACGCCGAGAUCGAUGGCUGGGGGGCCGCUCUUGUGUCUGGUGCUGUCUGCGCAGGGCCCUUUGUCCCCCUGGUUGACUCAUUUUGAAGUGUCUGUGUCACAUUAAU